AUGGAGAAAUGUAUGAAGAGAAAGACUGGGAAAUUCCAACUGAAACCUUGGAUGCUUUUCAUUGAUAAGGGUCAUUUGAGGGAAACCUUGAAGGACUAUGUUGUCCAGGAGGGGUUUGCUUUGAAUGUGGUGUAUGCAGAAAAUAGGAGGUACACAGUCACUUGCUAUGCUAAAUGUUGUGACUGGAGAUUACAUGCAAGCAAGCUGCCAGAUGGCAGGACAUGGGCUGUGAAGAAAAUAUGGUCUGAUGUGCACACAUGUAGGGGUUUGGAGACAUACAACCCAAUGUGCACUGUCAAAUGGGCUGAAUACAAAGUGAUGGAGGAUAUUAGGGAUAAUCCUGAUAUCCCUGGGAAACCUUUGAAUGAGCUACUGUUUCAAAGGUAUGGCAUAUACAUGAAGCAAGCUUCUCUGUACAGAUUGAAGAGGUAUGUGAGAGAUGUCCUGUUUGGAGGGCAUGAUGAGUCUUACACUCACUUACCUACAUAUGUAGAGGUGAUUACAAGUACUAACCCAAAAUCAUCAGCAUUUGUAGCAUGGCAUGAGAGUGAGAGCAUCCCAAGGGUGAACUUGUUUAGCAGCAUCUUCAUAUCUUUUGCUGGGCAAUGGAAGGGGCUCCUAAGUAGUUGCAGGCCAUUAAUUGGUGUUGAUGGGGCACAUUUAAAAGGAAACUAUGGGGGUAUCUUAUUGUCUGCCAUUGCAAUUGAUGGAAACAAUGAAAUUUUCCCAGUGGCAUAUUCAAUAGUGAGUGCUGAAGACAAGGAAAGCUGGUCAUACUUCUUUUGGCAUUUGUACAACCUUGUUAAACACUCAGACAGGACAAAUUGGACUAUAAUAUCUUAUAGACAAAAGGGUGUUGACAUAGCUUUGAAGCAAGUUUGGCCUGCAGCUAGGAGAAGGUAUUGUUGCAGAAACCUUAGCAUAAAUUUCAAAAAGCUUUUCCCAAGUCCAUUGAUGUAUAUCUUAUUCUGGAGGGCUUGCAAUGCAACCUGUGCAUUCAGUUUUAGAAAAGCAAUGGAGAAGCUUCAAAAGGAGGGAGGUGAAGUGGUGAUGAAGUGGUUUGCAGACAUUGGUGAUCAGUCCAGAUGGAGCAAAUACAAGUUUGAUCUAAAUGUUUGUAAUGACUCAAACACAUCAAACUUUGUGGAGAGUUUUAACUCAACCCUUGGGGUUGACAGGUGCAGACCUGUCCUAAAUCUACUGGAGGGAAUUAGAAGGGUUUGUAUGGUGAGGUUGUCACCUAAGCAUGAGAACUCAAAGUCAUGGAAUGAUGAUGAUGUUUGUCCUAAGAUAGCAAAUAAGGUUAAGGACAUCAGCAAGGCAACCACCACUUGCAAAGCAUAUAAGUCUACUCCAGGGGAGUAUGAGAUACAUGAGGGAAAAUCUCAGUUCCCAUUAAGCUUGAAUAGCAGGAUAUGCUCUUGUGGUGCUUCGCAACUAUCUGGCAUACCUUGCAGGCAUGCCAUUAAGGCAAUGGUCCAUGCAAAGGUUGAUCCCUACAAUUACAUCAGCUCUUGGUAUUCUGUGAAAACAUACAAGCAAUUAUAUAGCCACUGCAUACAUCUAGUGCCUGAUAUGAAUCAGUGGCCAAGCAUGGAUGCUUUCCCUCACAUUGAACCUCCAAAAAUGAAAAGAGAUAUUGGUAGGCCAAGUAGGAACAAAAAAACGGAAGAAGGGGAGGAUCAGCCUAUUAAAAGAUCAAGGACAGUCAAGUGUGGCAGCUGUGGUUCUUUUGGACAUAAUCCUAGUGUAAUCCCCUAUAUUUUUCUUAGUAAAUAA